UUCCUCCUGAGCGUCUUGUGAUUCUAAUAAAGAGGAGGCGAGGCGCUGCACUGCAGAAUGUCAUCUCUGUGGGAAACCCGGCCACUCUCAAGCCAAAAGUCAACCAACACAGACUGAACAUGUCAAACCCAGAAGUGGCUGUUGCGACUGUCGGCCCUUUACCAGAGAAUCCAGCUCAGAUUAUGUGCCCAAAGUGCCAUCGGACUGUCGUCUCUGAGGUGAAAUAUUCCUCUGGAUUACUCACCUACCUUUUCUGUGGAGGACUCUUCCUCUGUGGGUUUGUGUUCGGAUGCUGCCUCAUCCCGUUCUGCGUGGACAGACUGAAAGAUGCCAAGCACACCUGUCCCACCUGCAAGACCGUCCUGGGAGUUUACAGACGCUUAUAGCCGCCGCAGCUCUACGUUGGCGGCUCAUUGAUGCGUCAUCUAAUCCUAAAUGAAACUAAUCUGCAACAACUUUUUUUUUCUUUCUAAUCAACAGAGAAUUUUAGAUGGUGUUAAAUGCUUGUCCUUUUUUUAUUCUUAUCUGAGCAACAAUUAAUGUGAUAGCUACAAAUGUUCACUCUUUCGACCGCAAGUAAACCGGGCGCAAUGAA